AUGGCGAGCCAGGGUGACGCUGAACGUUCUGAUGGCCGGCGCCGCAGCUCCCGCAUCUCUCGGGCCUCUUUGAAGGAGGACUGGGCCACCCUGGAUGAGUACGGAAAACUCGUGAAGUACGUGUCCACCUUCCGUGAUGCCGCUGCCGAACAGGAAGAAGAGGGAGAGUUCCACGAGAAGCGGUUGUGGUAUGCACCGUGGAAAAAGCGCAAGGUUCGCGUCCGCAGAAAAGAGGAUCAGACUGGCCUCUUCCCUGAUGAGUGGCUCAUCACCGAUAUUCGUGAGGGUCUGUCCAGCGAGGAAGUGAACCAACGCCGCCGACGCUCGGGCUGGAACGAGCUGGUGUCUGAGAAGGAGAAUCCGAUUGCCAAAGUCUUAUCUUAUUUCCGUGGACCUAUUCUCUACGUGAUGGAGCUUGCUGUUUUGCUCGCAGCCGGUCUAGACGACUGGGUUGAUUUCGGUGUUAUCAUUGGUAUUCUAUGUCUCAACGCUUCGGUCGGUUGGUAUCAGGAGAAGCAGGCCGCCGAUGUGGUUGCGAGCCUUAAGGGUGAUAUCGCCAUGCGUGCGCAAGUCGUACGGGACGGUACUCAGCAGGAGAUUCUGGCCCGUGAACUAGUUCCUGGCGAUGUGAUUAUCAUUGGUGAAGGUCAAGUCGUCCCGGCCGAUGCCAAAGUCAUCUGCGACGUCAACGACCCCAAUGGCUGGGAGGAGUUCAACCAGCUCCAAGAACAGGGUAUGCUUGGCGGUGGUACGGAGUCCGAGGAGGAGGAUGAGGAUGACACGAAAGAGAAGGCCGCUGAGCCCUCUGGUGAUGGCCAGGAAUCCAAAGAAGGUGAAGAAGAGGAACCCCAGACGCAGCGCCCCCGCAAGCGUGGCUAUCCAAUUUUGGCCUGUGAUCACUCCGCCAUUACCGGCGAAUCCCUUGCUGUGGACCGUUACAUGGGUGAUGUGAUCUUUUACACGACUGGAUGCAAGCGUGGCAAGGCUUACGCCGUCGUCCAAACCGGCGCGAAGACUUCCUUUGUUGGCCGUACUGCCAGCAUGGUGCAGGGUGCCAAGGGCGCGGGUCACUUCGAACUUGUCAUGGAUAACAUUGGAACAUCACUUUUGUUUCUUGUUAUGGCCUGGAUUCUUGCUGCUUGGAUUGGUGGUUUCUUCCGCCAUAUUCCCAUUGCCUCCCCAGGCGAACAGACGCUCCUCCACUACACCUUGUCCUUACUGAUUAUCGGAGUUCCUGUCGGCCUUCCUGUUGUGACUACGACUACCAUGGCCGUGGGUGCUGCUUACCUGGCAAAGAAGAAAGCUAUCGUGCAGAAACUCACUGCCAUUGAAUCUCUGGCCGGUGUGGAUAUUCUCUGCUCUGACAAGACUGGAACUUUGACCGCCAACAAACUGAGUAUCAGGGAUCCUUACGUGGCUGAAGGCGUCGACAUCGACUGGAUGUUCGCAGUUGCUGCCCUAGCGUCCUCACACAACGUUGAAUCUCUCGAUCCUAUCGAUAAAGUGACUAUCUUGACACUUCGUCAGUAUCCCAAAGCGCGAGAGAUUUUGCGCCGUGGAUGGAAGACCGAAAAAUUCACGCCCUUCGAUCCGGUCUCCAAGCGGAUUGUUACUGUGGCUACCUGUGACGGCACUCGAUACACUUGCACCAAGGGUGCUCCCAAAGCAGUGCUCCAACUCACGAAGUGCUCGAAGGAAACCGCUGAUCUAUACAAGUCCAAGGCUCAGGAAUUUGCCCACCGUGGCUUCCGCUCUCUGGGUGUCGCUGUUCAAAAAGAAGGUGAAGAGUGGACUUUGCUUGGCAUGCUGCCUAUGUUCGAUCCGCCUCGCGAAGAUACCGCCCAUACGAUCAGCGAAGCUCAGAAUCUUGGUAUCAGCGUGAAAAUGCUCACGGGUGAUGCUAUCGCUAUUGCGAAAGAAACUUGCAAGAUGCUGGCGCUGGGUACGAAGGUGUACAACUCCGAUAAGCUUAUUCAUGGCGGACUUAGCGGCGCUAUGGCUAGUGACCUAGUCGAGAAAGCCGACGGCUUUGCGGAGGUGUUUCCUGAGCAUAAAUACCAGGUCGUGCAGAUGCUCCAGGAACGUGGCCACUUGACCGCUAUGACCGGCGAUGGUGUGAACGAUGCGCCGUCUCUCAAAAAGGCAGACUGCGGUAUCGCUGUUGAAGGUGCCUCUGAGGCUGCACAGUCCGCUUCAGAUAUUGUAUUCCUCGAGCCGGGCCUUUCGACUAUUAUCGAUUCGAUCAAGGUCGCACGCCAGAUCUUCCACCGCAUGAAGGCAUAUAUUCAGUACCGUAUCGCUCUUUGCUUGCAUCUGGAGAUCUACCUCGUGACUUCGAUGAUUAUCCUUAACGAGAGUAUUCGUGUUGAGCUGAUCGUUUUCCUGGCUCUGUUUGCUGAUCUUGCGACUGUGGCUGUGGCAUACGAUCACGCCUCUUUCGAACUACGACCUGUGGAAUGGCAGCUCCCGAAGAUCUGGUUUAUUUCCGUGGCUUUGGGUGUGCUUCUUGCGCUGGGUACGUGGGUUGUGCGCGGUUCCAUGUUCCUUCCAUCUGGUGGAGUCAUCCAAAACUGGGGCUCUAUUCAAGAAGUACUGUUCCUGGAAGUCGCUCUCACAGAGAACUGGCUGAUUUUCGUGACUCGUGGUAUCGAGACCUGGCCGUCCCUCCAGCUAGUGACCGCCAUCCUAGGCGUGGACAUUCUCGCCACAAUCUUCUGUCUGUUCGGUUGGUUCACGAACGAGGACAUGCGUACCAACCCAGCGGACCAGUUCGUCGAAACUAAGAACGGGUGGACGGAUAUCGUUACUGUUGUGCGGAUCUGGGGCUACUCGCUGGGCGUGGAAAUCGUCAUUGCUCUCGUCUACUUCAUCCUCAAUAAGAUCAAGUGGCUCGAUAAUCUCGGCCGUGCAAAGCGGAGCAAGGGUGAAAUCAAGAUUGAGAACUUGCUGGGCCACCUGGCCCGUCUCACGGUCGAGUAUGAGGAGCCUGGGAGGGCAACAGGCCGAUAUUUCUUGGCUGCGAGCAAGGAGGAGGAGGACGUGGAGUAG